GCACGCACGGCGCGUCGUGUGUUUGUGGUGACGUCACGUUCUCGCCCAGCAACGCGAGCGGGAUCGCGAAUGGCGGCGCAGAGAGGGGAGUUCAAACCCAACGGAGGCUCGUCCUGCCCGUGACUCGGCAACAUGAAGCGGAUGAAGACGGCGCGUACCGCCGCGGCUACCGGAGCCGAGGCGGAGGACGAAGACGACGUGCUGCAGGGCCCGGAUCUGGCGGACGUGGAAGAUUCUUCAGCGAAGGCGCUGGUCAGUCUGAAAGAAGGAAGUUUAUCAAGUACGUGGAAUGAAAAGUUCUCUCCUCAGAAAACCCUGACGUGGAAAGGCAACCCAGUGACCGAGCUGCCCCACCGGAGUUCGAAAAGGAGCAGACUUAUUAGUGAUGAAGAAGAUCACCAGAUCAAUACCCGAUCACCAAAAAGGAACCAGAAGGCGACCAUGACACCACAGAAGUUAGCAGCCGCCACAACCACACCGGUGAAAAAAGCCUCGCAGAAAAUAGGCUACAGGCUCCGGAAUCUACUGAAACUCCCCAAGGCGCAUAAAUGGUGUAUAUACGAGUGGUUUUAUUCCAAUAUUGACAAGCCUCUUUUUGAGGGGGAUAAUGAUUUCUGUGUUUGCCUAAAAGAAUCUUUUCCAAAUCUUAAGACAAGAAAACUCACCAGAGUAGAAUGGGGAAAAAUUCGACGACUGAUGGGAAAACCUCGAAGAUGCUCUGCUGCAUUCUUUGAAGAAGAGAGGUCGGCACUAGAGCAGAAGCGACAAAAGAUCCGGCUUCUCCAGCAGAGGAAGGUUGCAGACGUUUCACAGUUCAAAGACCUUCCAGAUGAAAUCCCACUUUCCCUGGUAAUUGGAACAAAGGUUACAGCCCGGUUGCGUGGUAUGCAUGACGGCUUGUUCACUGGCCAGAUAGACGCUGUAGAUACCCAGAACUUCACUUACAGGGUUACUUUCGAUAGAAAUGGUCUCGGCACUCACACUAUCCCAGAUUAUGAAGUCCUGAGUAACGAGCCCCAUGAGACUAUGCCCAUUGCUGCCUUUGGUCAAAAACAGCGGCCUCCCCGAAGCUACAUGACUCCUCCACGGUUACAUCAUCCGUCUCAUGCUCAAUCGCCCAGCCUGGAAAUGGAUGCCUUGUUGGCACAAUCAUCUUGGAAAACAAAAUCUUCCAGUUCGGACGGUGACACUAUAGGAGGUUUUCCUGUUGAAUUCCUUGAACAGGUGACCCGAUUAUCAAAGAUCUUGAUGGUCAAGAAAGAACAGAUUAAAAAGCUAAAAGACAUGAAUACAGAAGCUGAAAAGCUGAAAUCCUACUCUGCACCAAUCAGCAUAGAGUUCCAGAGGAGAUACGCGACCAUCGUCCUAGAACUGGAGCAGCUCAACAAGGACCUUAACAAAGUCCUCCAUAAAGUCCAGCAGUUUUGCUGUGAGCUUGCUCAAGAUCAGGGACUUCAGCCAGCGAACCAGCCAACCGACAUGAGACGGCGCUGCGAGGAAGAGGCUCAGGAGAUGGUCCGUCAAGCAAACACGUCCAGCGGGCAGCCAUGUGUGCAGAACGAGAGCUUAACAGACCUCAUCUCCAGGCUCACAGCGAUCCUUCUGCAGAUAAAAUGCCUCGCGGAGGGAGGAGACCUGAAUUCGUUUGAGUUCAAGUCGUUAACAGAGUCGAUUAAUGACAUAAAGAAUUCAAUAAACCCUUCGAACAUCAGGUGUUUUCAGGACAAUGUGGAGAUCCACGUGGCGCACAUUCAGAGUGGUCUGAGUCAGAUGGGAAACCUCCACGCCUUCUCUGCCAAUAACACAAACAGGGACUGAUGAUCGGCCGCGGUUUCCUCGUAGACGGACUUGUCUAUAACAGAUGACAAACUUGUUUCUAUAAAAAAAAAGAAAAUAACAAAAAAGGACGAGAACCAGCAUUACGGACCUCACCUAUUUUAAUUACUUUGUCCUAUGGAUACAGAACUGCACCAAGUGUCUAUCAGCAUCGCCGAGCCACUACCAAAAUCCCGCCAAUUUUCCGAAUGGAGCGGAAAUAGAGCAUUCAGCGCCCCCCCGCAGACGUCCCCCCGGUCAUCGGGCUGACUUGUCUUUAUCCUGCUUUAGCUUCUCAUAUCUAGAUGACAUUGUAGCUGUAAGAGCCAUUACCAGGGUCUUCUAACUGAAGGAUACACACGAGAAACCUAGGAACCUGCCACAUGGGGGGUGCCCCUUAAAGUACUGCGCUGUCACCAUAGUAACUUUUAACACCCCGUUUUGUUCAUUUAAAGGGGUUUUCCACAGUUGAUCUGCUUAAAGGGGUUCUCCAGGGUUUUAUUUAAAAG